AUGAACUAGAGAUCAAAGGAUCAGUUUUCAUCUCUAAACAACAUUAUUUCAGAUAUUAAUUCAAUAUAAAAAUAGAAUAAAAAUACUUCAUAGAUGAAAUAAUAAACAUUUGAAACAUCUCCUACUCAAAAGAAAUUGAAUCGAAUUAAAAAAUAAGAAAUCAAUUAUCAUAGUUUAGUAGAUUUGAAAUAAUUUAGUAAAAGUAGAAAUGUAAUUCUACCUAAUUAUGAACCAACUAAAUGUUCUUAAAAUUAUAAUGGUCUAAUAAAAGCCUAUGCAGCAAACACAAAUUAAGGAAUAAUUAGAAAUUAUAAUGAAGAUAGAGUAUCUAUAAUACUUAAUAUAAUAAAACCAUAACAUAGGUAAGAAGAAACAUGGCCUAAAUGUGCAUUUUUUGGUGUUUAUGAUGGACAUGGUGGUUCAACAUGUGCAGAUUUCUUAAGAGAUAAUUUACAUUAAUAUGUAACUAAAUAAAAAGAAUUUCCAUGGAAUCCUGUUGCAGCUAUAAAGAAAGGUUUUGAAAUGGCUGAAAAAGAUUUUCUUUAAUAAGCUUUAUAAUAAUAUGAUAAAGGAAAAUAAGAAAGAAGUGGAUCUUGUGCUUUAAUAACAUUAGUAGUAGGAGAUUAUUGUUAUGUUGCAAAUGUUGGAGAUUGUAGAGCUAUAUUAAGUUUAGAAAAAGGUAAAAAACUAAUGGAAUUAUCUAUUGAUCAUAAACCAGAAAUAGAAUAUGAAAGAAUUUAAAAAAAUGGAGGUAAAAUAUAUCAAACACAUUUAAUAAAUGAAAAUGGUAUAUAAAUUGUAGGACCACAUAGAGUUUUUCCAGGAAGAUUGUCUGUUUCUAGAGCUUUUGGAGAUAUUGAAGCUAAAUUUGAAUAAUUUGGUGGUAAUCACAAUGUUGUUAUUGCAUAACCAGAUAUUUAAAUCUUUCGUAUUACAUAAGAUAAUGAUUUUAUUGUUAUGGGAUGUAUAUAUAUUUUAUUUAAUUUUUUAGGUGAUGGAAUUUUUGAUAAAAUGAAAUCUGAAGAAGUUAUUAAAAAAAUUUGGACAGAACUUUAAUCUUAAAAAAAUAAUUUAAAUUUACAUGGAUAAAUUUCAUCAGCUGUUGAUUCAGUUUUAAAAGAAGUUGUACAUCGUAAAAGUAGUGAUAAUAUCACAUUACUUAUUAUUGCUUUUAAUGAAUUAAUUGUCUAAUCAAAUACUCCAUAAUCAAAGAUUAAUGCUAUUUCUAAUUAAAUUGAAUUGUUAUAAACAUUUUUAAAAAAUAAAAUUAAUGAUGAAAAUUCACCAGACUUUAAUAUAAAAAGGUAAAGUCCAAUUAAUUAAUUAUUUAAUAAAGGUGAAAUUAAAUAACUACCAUAAAAAUAAAGAUAAGAUGCUACAAUUAAUAGAAUAAGAUCAAGUUUUUAAUUUUGA